AUGUCUCGGACUCAGCGGUGUAUUGUUGAUACUUCUUCGCGCCACAGCAACGUCUCGACCACACCGUCUUCGGCUGACCUCGGCCACCAAGGGGCUCAGGAAGAAUGGAAAUCCUCGAUUAGAAAAUCUCACACCGACGUGCCACCUCCCAAGCACAGCUCUGGUGGAUUCCUCAGCAAAGCCGGCAGGACCUUUUCCUUUGGCGGUCAGAAGAAACAACAAGCUGCAGCAUCCUCUGUUGACGAUCAUCCCCUUCCUCCACUGCCCCCGCCGCCCAAGGCGCCAUCGGACGACGACUACAGCCGGAGACCGCGAGGCCUGACAGAUUCCACCGACAGGACCGCCACGCCCCCAAAGCUCAGCGAGGAGGAUUUCGCCCUUGACUUUGGCAGUAAUUUUGGUACCAUGUUCAAGGGUUCCGGGUUCGACAAAAGAGCCAGCCAAAUGACGCUCCCCAGUAACGACAAGUCCAACUUGGGACCUCGUUCCCUUACGACCAAUAGGGUAAACCAACCCCAGCCCUCGCCCAUCAAGAUUGAUCACUCCGCCAAAGUGGAGGCUUCGCCCUAUUCAUGGAGCAGCCAACACUCCAACGACAACCUGUUGCACAACUCCGGUUCCAACUCCCCUACCGACACUGAACGCACAUCCGUACCACCACCCGUUCCCCGACACGGCUCGCCGCUGGCCUUCCGCAAUAAUGUGCCAUCAGACAUCAUCGAAGAUGAAGAUGCGAACCUCCUCAAGGACUCGUUGGCAGCCAGCCGUUUCCUCGGCGGUUCUGGUCAACCCAGCAACCCAUCCCCACCCGGAAGGUUUCGCAGAAAUGAAGACACAUUCUCGACAGCGUGGGAGGCAACGGAUGGGAAGGAAGAGGAGAACAUGUUCGAUAACAGUAGGGCACAGCCAUCGAAGCCGCCCACGAAUAACAAUCGUUACACGUCCAGCAGCAACCAAAGUACACCUCGCAACAAAGUCAUGACUCCCGCUGAGUUCGAAAAGUACCGCCGAGACAAGGAACGCGAUGACAAGACCAGCGAAACAGCCAAGGCUUCUAACGACAGCCGCGAUGAUGACGAAGAUCAAUACGAUGAUGACGAGGAUGAUAUUGAGAAGGCGAAGAUGGCUGCUAAGCAGAGGAGGAAACAGGAGGCGCACAUGGCCGUCUAUCGACAGCAGAUGAUGAAGGUUACGGGCGAGUCGCCAAUGUCCGGGCCUUCCGGCCAGGCUUCCCGGCCGAGUCUCUCUGUGUCACUCAGCACGCCCAAUCUGCCGAACAUGGCCAUACCUCCGGCCUUGAUGACGGGGAGGUCUGAUGGUUCCGAAGGAGAGGAGGACGAAGAAGUUCCGCUUGCCAUUCUGGCUGCACACGGCUUCCCGAACAAGAACAAGCCCCCUGCCCGGGUCACGAAUAUGGCAUCCAAUCCCGACUUGCGGUCAUCGGUUCAUUUGCAGUCUGCUCAGCCCGCCAGACCUGGAUCCAGCAUGGGUGAAGGAACAGGACCCAGGGGAAGUAGCGGCGGACACCUGCCCGCCUUUGCCAGAAAGCUGCCGCAAGAUCCAUUCUUGGGUGCCGGUCUCAUCAACGCCCCUCCCGAGAGUCUUUGA